CCUGUGUGCUCACCUCACCUGUCUGUAUUUAAGGGGCUUUCUUGUUGCGUCGCCGAGCUGACAUGAACAUCUUUACUAAGGUCCCAGGAUUAGCCCAACAAACCAGCAAGCUGGGGUCUGUGCUCCAACGUGCCUUCUACGGGUCCAGUGGGAGGGUGACCCUUUUCGAGCAGAGGAACUUUGCCGGCAGACGGCUGGACCUGAGCUCCGACUGCGCUCGGAUCAGUGACAAGAACUUCCCAGAGAGAUGUAACUCAGUGCAGGUGGAGAGCGGAGCAUGGGUCGGUUACGAGCAUGAGAACUUCCGGGGCCGUCAGUACCUGUGGGACAUGUCCGACAGGGGAGAGUACAACUGCUACGACAAGUGGUGCGCUCAGGUGGACCACGUCUCCUCCGUCCGUGCCGUCAAACAGGACAACAAUCCUGGCCGAGCUCAGCUGUUUGAGCGAGCCGGCUUCUCUGGUAAGAAGAUGGAGAUCCAGGACGACAUCCCCAACCUGAUGAGCCGCUACAGUCUCAACAGAGUCUCCUCCAUCCGCGUGCUCGGAGGAGCGUGGGUGGUGUAUCAGGAGCCGAACUACAGAGGACCUCACUACAUCCUGGAGAAACGUGACUACAACAACUUCUCUGACUGGGGCUGCCAGAACAGCACCGUGGGCUCCAUGCGCCGAGUCCGCUUCAACUGAACACCAACCUCCAUCCACCACCUCUGAUCUGAGUCCUUCUCCACCCGUCUCACACACACACACACACACACACACCAAACCUGUCAGCUUUACACACUACAAAACUUAUUUUAGUAAUAAACUGUGGAAAAAGACAAA